AUCGUUUGCAAAAAUGGCAAACAAUUCCAAGGAAUUGAAACAGUGGGAACCGGUUCUCAACAAGAACUGGUUUUCGAUACCCAUCCCUAUUGCUGGCUGUCUUAGUGGGGUCCAAAAAACGAUGUGGGCUUUAUAGAUAAUUGAGAAACUUUCUGGAGGAAACCUGGUCUUGUUGGGAGAGACGGCAUCCAUCCCAUUUUGGAUUUCUAGAAAUUUAUUAAACCCCCUAAAACGUGAAUUUCCAGAGUUGGGACCAGGCAGCAGAGUUGCAGUCUUACACAUCUCUCUGCAGCUUCUCCCCUCCUGUUAUUCUCCCAAAACCUCACUCUCUUAGAACGUCUAACUAUUCAUCAUUGAUUGAAGAAAAUAAGAACACCCCUAGGUUUCGCUUCAGCACUGUAGCCAGGCUGACAGAAAGUCAGAGCGCUCUCAAGGAAUUAUAGAUGGGAAACAUCCCUCUUAUGGGACACUCCCAAUAGGGCUUAAAAUCUGGGACUAUGCACCAUUUGCUCUUAGAACUGAAGAAGCUUCUCAGAUAGAGGUGAAACAUCUUCAAGAAACUUAAAGAAGUCCAGUCGCUUUUCCAAGAUCCUUAGAUCAGUGGAAGGAAUGUUUUGUUACUCAUCCAAGUGACUUAUUCAGUCUCAGGUGAAUGGAGAUUUCCCCAACCUUAUAAACAGUACAUUUUCAUCAUUUAUGAAUAGCAGAUGUGUUGAUGCAUGCUCAAAGUUGAAGCUUCAAAAUGCAGAGUUCUCAAGCAGUGGGUGAAAUCAAGCUAGUUGCAUCUACCUUUCAAAAACAAAAGCUUUUUUCCAAACAAAAUGGGAAGAUGUAGUAAUCCUACAUCUUCCCAUUUUGUUGUAUGACAACUGGCUCCUGAACAUUGAUUAGUUACAAACAACAGACACAGCUCUUUUAUUGGUCAGGAGAUAUUUUGGAGCAUUUCUGCUCUUUCCUUUUCAUUUAAUCUGCUUUUGCUGUUCCUGAAUGUAGUGAUGGAGCUCCUCUCUGCAGUUAAUAGACUGUUGUGCUACCUAGCUACGUACCAUUACUCAGCAUAUUAAAUAACAGGUUAAAAUAUUUCAAAUGAAUACCUUUUCGUUUCUGUCUAUAUACAGGUAUUUGAACUGUUGUCAUAGAUUUCUACAAUAGUAACCAGUGGACUGGGACGGUGCACGUUUCUGUGAUUUUGUUUGAUUGGUUGAUGUUAAGAUACUUAUAAAUUAAUGCCAGUUUUAUCCUUCUAUAAGCAUAGAGAUAUUUUUUCUUUUCUGGUCUAGAGAGCCAUGUUGACAGUGUGGUCAGUAAGGUAGUAAGCCAGGAAACGGUUGCAAGAAAGCAGCGUUUAAUGCAGAAAUAGAACUACUCUGCUUUGCCACACUGUAACUCUCCAAGCAGGAGGAACUAUAUACGUGCUGAGAAUGAAAAUCUGUCUGCCUUGGAUGCUUCAGAAUGCUUGCUUGAUGCUGACAAUGCUCUUAGAAUGACUCAGAGCAAGUGCAGGAGGCUAGUGUGGGAGGGAGGAAAAGGAACCGUCACUCAGCAGAUUUUCUUUACAGGGAGGGAGGUGCAGCUGAAGGGAAUCCUGCUGUUUAGCCAACCCUAUCCCUCUAAGUUCAUUGACAGUCAGUGACAUCGCUUCAUUUCCAUGCUGCUACUCUGUCCUCUAUUGGCGGAGACCCACAUUCUGUGGUGAAGCAGUCAGACCUGCUUGUAUGGUCUGCAGUGAUUGGCCAGGCUGGGCUGCAGUGAGGUUGCAGGUUUUGGAGGCUCUCACUGCUGCAUUUCCCUGGCUGAUGAUACUGAAACUAGCACAGUGGCAAAUCCUCACUGUGUGUUGCUGAUUCUAUUGCAUUAUCAGCAUCAAGAGAAAAGAUUUUUUGUCUGCAUCUAACGAUUUGAUGAUCCGUGAAGUAACUGCGCCUCAGAAGCAGUGUGGUAAGAGUUAGAUGGGAGAACUUGGAUUUGUACUGCUGCAGCUGAUGCUGUGAUCCUGAGCCUGGACAUUUUAAUAAGGAAAAAGAUGCACUUAGAAUAUGAGGCACUGAGUCUGAGAAGUGAGUGAAAUCCUUUCUGCAGCCCCAUGCUGUCUUUAGCUAGCCUUUCCACACUUGUAAUACUAGUUCACCUCUCUGCAUUUUGCAAGACCUAUACUGUUGCCGUUGCUUUUGGUCUGAGUGCAGUCACCCAAAUAGUGUGGGAGAGCCAGUUUGAGGAUGCUGCUGGACAUACUGAGCUUUCUAUACCAGAGACUUUUUGGCAGGACACAAUGUAAGCCUGCUGAAACCCAGCUGCCAGGAGAGAAACAGUCUGAGACUACAAACAACUGCAGAGAGCUACAGGCAAGUCUUCAGGAAAGCACUAAAGAGUCCUCUAAUGGUAAAGAAAUCAGCAGGAAUAAUGUUACUCCAAAGAAGACCAUGGUAUUAAUCAUGAUGGCACCACCUACAGAUCUUCAACAGAAAAUAGUGAAAGCCGGAGACAAAGACCUGGAUGGACAGUUGGACUUUGAGGAAUUUGUCCAUUAUCUCAGAGACCAUGAGAAGAAACUCCGACUGGUCUUCAAGAGUUUGGACAGGAAGAAUGAUGGUCGAAUUGACUCACAAGAAAUCAUGCAGUCUCUGCGUGACCUGGGAGUGAACAUCUCUGAGGAACAGGCAGAGAAGAUUCUUAGAAGAAUAAGGAGGGGUCAUAUCUGGGCCCCUAUUAUGUAUAUGGAUAAAAAUGGAACAAUGACCAUUGACUGGAAUGAGUGGCGGGACUACCACCUCCUGCAUCCAGCUGACAACAUCCCUGAGAUUAUUCUUUAUUGGAAACACUCCUCGAUCUUUGAUGUAGGGGAGAGUCUGAUGGUUCCUGAUGAGUUCACAGCAGAGGAGAAGAAAAUGGGUAUGCUAUGGCGACACCUAGUGGCUGGAGGAGGGGCUGGUGCAGUGUCUCGAACUUGCACAGCACCACUGGACCGUCUGAAAGUUCUCAUGCAGGUUCACUCCUCCAAGAGCAACAGUAUGCGCAUCGCUGGUGGCUUUUCUCAGAUGAUCCGAGAGGGUGGUGUAAGGUCUCUGUGGCGAGGCAACGGGAUCAACGUCCUCAAAAUUGCCCCUGAGUCUGCAAUAAAGUUUGUGGCUUAUGAACAGAUUAAGCGACUGAUGGGAAGUAACCAGGAGACGUUGGGCAUCACAGAGAGACUGUUGGCCGGCUCUCUGGCUGGAGCGAUCGCUCAGAGCAGCAUAUACCCCAUGGAGGUCCUGAAGACACGGUUAGCCCUGAGGAAGACGGGUCAAUACUCGGGCCUCCAAGAUUGUGCUAAACAUAUCUUCCAGAGGGAAGGCGUGGCAGCUUUCUACAAGGGCUACAUCCCAAACAUGCUGGGCAUCAUUCCCUAUGCUGGCAUCGACCUGGCUGUGUAUGAGACUCUGAAGAAUUCGUGGUUGCAGAACUACGCUACAGAUAGUGCUGAUCCAGGAGUGUUUGUGCUACUCGCUUGUGGCACUACUUCCAGCACAUGUGGACAGUUGGCCAGCUACCCACUCGCUCUGGUCAGGACUCGAAUGCAGGCACAAGCUUCUCUGGGAGGAGGUCCUCAGAUGAACAUGACAGGACUGUUCAGACACAUUAUUAGGACUGAGGGAGCAAUAGGACUCUACCGAGGCCUGGCACCCAACUUCAUGAAGGUCAUCCCAUCUGUCAGCAUCAGCUACGUGGUCUACGAGUACCUGAAGAUCACGCUGGGAGUCCAGUCAAAGUGACCAGGCAGGCAGACAGAAGAAAAUAAGUGGCCAAAGGUUUUUUUGUUUGUUUGUUUGUGGUCUGAAAUGACCAGCUACAGUUCAACAUAUUUUAGUGCAGAAAAUGAAGGACAAGGCUGAGAUGUGUGAUUUGAAGAGAGAAAAAACUUGACUGAAGUCAUGUCUGUCAGUUGUUCUCUUAAGCUUUCUUUUAGCAGCUCGGUGGUGUUUCAGCACCUGUGAGUCUUAGUUUAACAAGUGUUUACAUGACUCUGAAUUACUGCUAGAACUGGAACAUGUCCCUGCUGCUGAGUACUGUGAAAGGAACAGUCCUGCGUCUCUGUGGAAAGGAAGAAUCUUGAUCCUGGUGGGCUUUGCUCAGUCAUGACACUAUAUCAUCAUAUUGCUGUCAGCAUAUGAUAUCAUACACUAUCAGCUUUGUCUGUGAAGCUGUAACUGGAUUUAAAACGGUAGAUAAAUGGUCGAUUUGGCUGCAUUAAAACGGAGAUGAUACAAACAAGAGAAACUGGUUCACUUUAAGCUAAAAUCAUUAUAUAAUGAAAUAAAGGAUUAACGUGAUCUAAAGUGAUUAGGGCCAUUCUGGCAAAUACUAAUUACAGAACCAAGGGAAGUGUUCACUAUCCCUGAGAUUAAAGUAAUAAGUAUUAAAAUAGGCUUAAAAUAGUUAUUAUCGAUGUCCUAUGAAAAGUUAUUGCUGCAAAUCGAGGAAACCAACUCAGACAGUGAAACCAGCCGCUGCGACUUGAGCCGUUGGUUAGUGAAGUCUCAUUCUGAUCCCUGAGCUGAGAGUAAUUUUUUUCCAUUGGCAUCUUGGUGUUUUGAAACUUAGAACAAUCGUUAUUUACAAGGUAAGGUAGACUUCAUGUUGCGUUCAAUAUGACCUGAAGCCCAUAAAGGAAAGUGUUCACUGGGGUCACAUAAAAAGGGUGCUGAAGGCCGUUUUCCCAAAGACCUGUAAAUAACCACAAGUCUUUGCAGCCAGAAGAAUGAAGGAAAAGGCAUUAAAAAGAAAGCAGGUUUAAGGCACUUUAGCACUGACUUCACUUUUCAGACCUAGAAGCUGUGUCCAUAUGUCACCCCCACAGUAUCUUUUGUAUGAUUGAUGUGGUUUCUUGACAACAAAGAGGGGAAAAAACAGACCAUAAUUUGGUCUGAUUAUUUUUGAUGUGUGUACAUUUUUUUCUUUCUUUCUUUACCACUACAAUCAUUGAGAAUAUCCAAGUUUUUUUUUUCUUGCAUACUUGUCAGUCCAGGUUUUUUCCAUUUAAAAUCAUUAUCCACUGUCAUUUACGUCUGCUUUUUGUUUUUUAAACGUAGAAUGGCCCUAAUAAGGACUCUCAUAUAAGUUUGCAGAGGAAUUUCACAGAAAAAUAGGAAAAAAAGGCAAUGAAACAAUAACAGAACGAUCAUCUAGGGACUUGUCGACACGCUGGACAAAGAGCUCUGUUACAUUCAGUCUAUGGUCAUAAACAGUGAGAUGGAAUCGUUUGUUUUUUGUAUUCAGUUUUGUUUUAAUUUCGGCAGAUACAACAUGAUCUGACCAUAACAGACGUAUUGUGCAGAAUUCUGUUCUGAGAGAAAGAAGGUCACCACAGCAAACAAAACAGUGCUACAGGGAGAGUCACUGACCCAAGAAAUUAGCAUUGUUGAGCCACAAAGUAGUAAUGCCCAUGCAGUGAAAAGGUUUGCACUCAUAAUGCAAAUCCAAAGCAACAGACACCUCUGCAUUAGUUUUUCAAAUUGAAAAAUGCUUAAAGCAAAAACUUUGACUUCCUCUCAGCUGAAGUUGAAACUGAAUGUUGUGUUAUCACACUGAUCUUAUUUUGCUAACAUGUCCCAGAGCGCUGUUUGGUUUCUCAAAAGCUUCACCUCUCAAAACUGUAAUGGAAAUUGAUAAUUAUAAAUGAAAGCCACGUUUCCAUUUUUAUAUAAACACUCCAUAAAAUAAGUGGUACGGCGCCCAGGCGGCACUCUCCACCUGACUGAUGUCUGUAUUAUAUGAUCAUCUCAAGAGUGCCUUGUGUUACACGCAUAAAUCCACCUGAACACUAUAGGAUAGCAUUCCUUUUUUACUUUAAAUGUAUUUACUACUGUAUUCAUUUAUUUAUUUUUACAGAGAAGUCAAGAUGAUUGACUGAAACAGUGUGAAAAUGUUAUUUAGUGCUUUUGCUGUUUUCACAGUACUCAUGAUAAUGGUGGCAGAAUUUUUAUUUUUGGCUUUAACAGACCUUCAGUUAUACAGAAGCCCAAAAUGUUUCAAAUGUAAACAGUGAAUCAAAUUGGAUAAAUGCUAAAUUGUUUAAAAUAUAUAUGUUAUAAAUCUGUAUAUUCAGUUUUCUAUAAGUACAUGCAAUUUUUGCUUCGUAUUAUUCUUUUAUUUUGUCAAUUAAGUCAGUGACAUCAAUCCUGUCAACAUACAGAAAAACAGCAAUGAAAACAUUUCUCUCUCCUUGGCAAUAAUGAGUAAAGCCGAGGAAGUGACUGAAUUAACCCACUGAGAUUAGCUCCUGCUGUACUGGUUCUUAAUGUAAGUGUUAAAGAUAUUGCGUGAGGUUUGAAAGAGAACAAGUUCAAAUCUCUGUACAGAUGAUAGGUUGUAAAAUAACACAAGCACCUACCUAACUAUAGGCUAUACUGGUAAUUUAGAGGGUUGCAUCCCUGGCUAUGUAGCUAAAUAAGUAUGAAGAUGAUACUGAGUCUAUAUUUAUUUAUAGCAGCAUCUACAUAGACGUGCUAAAGGGCACUAAUUGCACUUGCUAACUAAUGGAUAGGCAAAAGGGCAAGGAGCAAAAAAAAAAAAGUCAAAGAACGUACAAAUUC